AUGGAGGACCUCCAGCCGUACUUCCCCCUCUCCGCCGUACUCCAGGGGGCGUUCCAGCUGCUCUUCCGCCUCUUCAGCGUCAAGGUCUACGCGGCCCCCGACGCGGUGCCGGUGUGGCGCGACGGCGUCCGCUUCUUCUAUGUCGUGGACGACGAGGCGCCCGUCACGGUCCCGAUCGCCGGCUUCUACCUGGACAUGGCCUGCCCCCCGCGCCCCGGCGAGCCCGACUUCACGGCCGAGGUGAGCCUGAGCUACUCCCGGGCGCUCGGGAAGGGCAAAACGCCGCGGCGGCCAGUGGUGCACCUGCUCGGGCGCCUAGCCGGCUCGCAGGAUUCCGCGGCCGAGUUCAACGUUGUCAUCGACAAGACGGCAGGGCAGGCGCUCGGAGUGGAGAUCGACUCACUGGACGGCACCUCUCUGCUGAUCACCGCUGUGACGACCGGGGGUCUCAUCCAGCAGUGGAACGAUGACCACCCCGAGCUGGCAUUGAAGCCCGGAGACCGCAUAGUCGAGGUGAACGGCAUCCGCGACGACGUAAACUCGAUAUUCGAAGAGUGCAGCGAGGACAGGAUACUGGAGCUGUUGGUGGUCAGACGCGCCCAGGCAGCGGGCCCGCUGUCGGCGCCAGAGGCGCUCGACGCCGCGGAGCCCUCCGCGAGACCCCUGCUUCCAGAGGUCGAGCCGCUGCUCGCCUUCGACCAGGUGCGCGGCCUGUUCCGUGCCAUGGGCGCGGCGGUGCGAGAGCUGCUGACCGACCAGGGGGAGGGGCUGGCAGCAGGCAGCAAAGGAAUGGAGCUGGAUAUGGUCAACUUUCUUCCCGAGUUCCUGGAGCUCUGGGCGUACGAGCCGGGGACGCUGCGCUCCAUGGGCCGGCACGCCCGCACGGGCGCGCCCCUCCCCGAGCCGCUCCUCGCGGCUGCGGUGACCUCGCGGUCGUUCGGUGCCGGCAUCCCGCUCCUCGAGGACGUCCGCCUCGCCCAGCUGGACCUGGACCUCCACGCGCGGUUCGACCCCGGGCGCGGGGGCGACGUGUGGCAGCAGGUGGCCGGCGGCUCCCAGGAGAACCUGUCGCACCUGCCAGUGUUCGCCGGGGAGAGCCUGCUGAACGGCAUGACCGAGGAGUUCGCCACGGGCUACGCCGCCGGGCGCUACGCCGGGCUCUGGGCCCGGGUGCUCGCGGCGGACGCCUUCGCCGCCUUCGAGGAGCGGGGCCUCGGCGACGCCCGGGCGGUGCGGGAGCUGGGCCUGCGGCUCCGCAGGGAGGUGGUCGCGCCCGGCGGCGGCAGGGAGCCGCUGGACGCGUACCGGGCGUUUCGAGGGAGGAG